AUCUGCACCGCAGACUUUGUACUGCAAAGGCAAAUUUAAUAAUUUUCUAGAUCUGCUUGAAAUGAAGACAGACUAAAUAAAAUCUCAAAAUCUCUCCAUUAAAGGCUGCAGAAGAAAUAGAUACAUUAAAAAAUAAAAAAAGGCGAAGUGAAACUGAAACACGACACGAAUUGUGUUAAAGCAACAAAAAAAAAAAGAGUUUUAGAAAGAGAGGAAAGAAAAGAUCUAUCUUUUGUGAGUUGAGUUUGUUAGAUUUUAUCCUCUUUUGUCUGAAAAGUUUCGUGAUCGAUGGCGGAGAAGGAAGAAGAAGAACAACAACAAACAAAACAGUCUGUGACGUCAAAAUCAUCUACCGGAGGAGCUUCACGGCCGACGAUUUCACUUCCUCGUCGACCGUUUGGGGAAAUGUUUUAUAGCGGUGGCGUUGGAUUUAGCGGAUUCAGUCCUGGUCCCAUGACUCUAGUCUCCAAUAUGUUCUCUGAUCCUGAUGAAUUCAAAUCUUUCUCUCAGCUUGUCGCCGGAGCUGUGGCUUCUCCUGCCGCUGCUGCAGUCGUUGCUAGUGCUCAUCAGACACCUGUGAGCUCUGUCGGUGGUGGCGGUGACAGUCUUCUUGACCCGAGGAUCAAGCAAAACAGACCAACGGGAUUGAUGAUUACACAGCCACCGGGGAUGUUCACCGUGCCUGCGGGCUUAAGUCCGGCGACGCUUCUAGAUUCUCCAAGCUUCUUUGGUCUGUUUUCACCCAUUCAGGGAUCAUUUGGUACGACACACCAACAAGCUUUAGCACAAGUCACUGCACAAGCAGUUCAUGGUAAUAAUGUCCAGAUUCAGUCAGAAUCAUCUACUCAACAACAACAAACUUCAUUGACUGAGGUUCCCUCGUUUUCAGCCCCGGUUCAAGAUCAGAGAGAUAACUCUGAAGUAACAGUCUAUGAGCAUCGGUCGCAGCCUCAGAAUGCUGAUAAACCAGCUGAUGAUGGAUACAACUGGAGGAAAUACGGGCAGAAACAAGUGAAAGGUAGCGAUUUUCCUCGGAGUUAUUACAAAUGUACUCAUGGGGCGUGUCCUGUCAAGAAGAAAGUCGAGAGGUCUGUGGAUGGACAAGUAACGGAAAUCAUUUACAAGGGUCAGCACAAUCACGAGCCUCCACAAAACAAUAAGCGCGGCAGGGAUAAUGAUAAUAAUAAUAAUAAUGGGAGUUGUAACAGUCUCAACAAGAGUAAGAGAGACCAGGAAACAAGUCAGGUCACAACAACAGAGCAAAUAUCUGAAGCAAGUGAUAGCGAGGAAGUUGGUAAUGCAGAAACUAGUUUGGGAGGAACACACGAAGAUGAGCCUGAUCCCAAGAGAAGAAAUACAGAAGUCCGGGUUUCAGAACCAGUUUCGUCAUCAAAUAGGACCGUGACAGAGCCUAGAAUUAUUGUACAAACGAAGAGUGAAGUUGAUCUCUUAGAUGAUGGAUAUAGAUGGCGCAAGUAUGGUCAGAAAGUAGUCAAAGGGAAUCCUUAUCCGAGGAGCUACUAUAAGUGUACAACACCGGGAUGCAGAGUGAGGAAACAUGUAGAAAGAGCAGCAAAUGACCGAAAAGCUGUUAUAACAACAUAUGAAGGUAAACAUAACCAUGACAUUCCAGCGUCUAGAACCAGCAGCCAUCAGUUAAGACCCAACAACAAUCUCUCGACGGUUAACUUGAACCAACAACAGACAGUUGCGCGUCUAAGGCUUAAAGAAGAGCAAAUCACUUGAGAAAAAAAAAAUACUUGUUCGUUUUAUUUUUGGUUAAUGAGCCUGUUUAGUUUCAUGAUUACUACAUUACCACAUGUUUCUACAAAUAGAAACUUUGUAAUAGGUUACAUUUUGUGAAGUUAUUUCUUGUAAUAACAAUGUUUGUAAGAAAAUGAAAUCUUUCAUGGAA